AUGUACCAUUUAGGCAAGAAUCCCCAGAGGUCUGAUUACAAGACCGUGGUACAGAGGUCAGUGUCUGACCAAUUCCACCCAGGAGAAAAUGUGACUCUGCAGUGUACAGUGCUCUCUGAGGCCUGUACAGGAGAACACAGUGUGUACUGGUUCAGAAUUGGAUCAGGAGAAUCCCAUCCAGGAGUCAUUUACACCCCUGGAAACAGGAGAGAUGAGUGUGAGAAGAGCCCUGAGACUCCUUCUCCUACACAGAGCUGUGUCUACAGCCUCUCCAAGAACAACCUCAGCCCCCCUGAUGCUGGGACUUACUACUGUGCUGUGGCCAUAUGUGGGGAGAUCCUUUUUGGCAAAGGAACAGAAUUGGACCUGGCCAGUAACACGGAGGUGAAUGUGUCAGAAAUGGCUCUGGUAGUGGUUGUUGUAGGUUUGACAGUGGCGUUGGUGUUGUGUGGGAUUGGGAUCAUGUUCCUUGUCUGCACCAGACCAAAAGAGCAAAUCUGUGAAAAUUGCAAAGCAGUGGGUGCCUCUCAGGUUGGCAGACAAGACAGAUUACGUGGAGAAGAGGAUCAAGAUGGAGAUACGUUGAAUUAUGCUGCAUUGAAUUUCUCUGAGAAGAAAACUAAAAGAGGGAGAAAGAAGAGAGAGACACCACAGGAGAGUGUGUACUCUGAUGUCAGGUGUUAAGGCUAGGACGAACUUAGCUUAAUCAUUCUAAAAUGUAGUGUUAAUAAUACAUUUGUCUUUUAAAUGUAUUAGUCAGUGCCCCUUGUACAAAGAUAAUUAGAAAAUAUGAGAAUUUGACAAAUGUAAUAAAUGUUUGAUAAAAAUCAUGAUCAAUCAGAACACAAAUUAACAAAUUGAAA